AUGCUCCGACAACCAGCUCUCCGGCAGCUUCGCUUACCGAAAGCGUGCGAAACAAUUCGAGCCCCUGUGCAGCGCCGAACGUUCCUCUCGCGUCGUCCCAACCAGUCCUCCGGCCGGGCCGUCGAGAACCUUGACCUGCGGCGGUUGUCCCAAAGUGCACAUGACCAUCAUCGCAACCGUCGCCUUUUCUUGUGGUCAGGGACAAUAGCAGGCAUCGCUUCCUUUUGCUACACGGCCUACAAGAUCAAGGAGGAGCUGAACAAGCCCGCCAACCUCGACUCCGGCCUGCCGUCCACAGAUCCGCUCGUAAGGCCGGACGCGGCUGAUCGCAAGGUAGUGUUGCACGACGAGGAAGGCCGCGAGAUCGUGCCUACGGGCAACAGUACCGUUCCGUCGUUUCCGCGCACGAUCUAUUUGCCCUCUUAUGCAUCUCCCACCACAACAGCCGGCUUGUCUGCUUCGACGGUCGACACCGAGUAUACCCUUGUCGGACUCGGCCUCCGCACCGUCACAUUCAUUGGAAUCCAGGUCUAUGUUGUUGGCUACUAUGUCGCCACGCCCGACAUCGCUGCUCUGCAGAGCGCGCUGACAAAGAAGGUCAACCCUAUCGCUACGACGCUGGUACCCGGCGAGCGCGACGAGCUGCGCACCGCCCUCCUCGACCCAGCUGGGAGCGAGCAGGCCUGGGGCGAGUUGUUAGCCAAUGGAGUACCGGCGCGGUCUGCGUUCCGGGUUGUGCCAGUCCGUGAUACGGACUUUCACCACCUAAGGGACGGCUUCGUGCGUGCCAUCCAAGCCAGAACCCAGUCACUCCCUGGGCAGGCGGCGCAGGACGAGGGAUUCGGGGAGGCGAUGCGGCAAUUCCGCGCCGUCUUCAACCGCGGCAGCGUUCCUAAGCGCAAAGAACUCAUUCUCCUCCGCGACGAGAACGGGAAGCUUAGCAUCGCGUACGACGGCGGCGGGAGCAAGAAGGAGGGACGUCCGACUAGCAGCCGCCUGAUUGGCGUCGUUGAUGACGAGCGGCUAUCGCGCGCGCUAUGGCUCAACUACCUCGCAGGCAGCAAAGUCGCGAGCGAACCCGCGCGCCGGAGCAUAGUGGAAGGCCUCAUUGAGUUUGUGGAGAGGCCCGUCGGGACGGUUACCUCGCAAGUUGUGUAG